AUGGCGAGACAUGAAUAUGAAUCAGUUCAAGUGGGCAAGAAUUCAGAAGUCCCAGCCACUGGGAUAGACGAAAUCACACCUGCUACUGAAAGCAUGAAAUGGAGACCCUCUUACCUACGUCGUCGAGUCCUCGCCGGAUGCUGCGUGGUUUUUGCUAUGGUCCUCAUUGCACUUGAAACACUUCUUGCUGUUUCAACCAAGAACGAUGGCAUCUCAUCUGCUUCCUACAACGAACACUAUCUUUGGACGUACGGACCGACAGCUUUCCUCACUAUUGUCGCGGCAAUAUUUAGCCGAGUUGAGUAUCAAAGCAAAUUAAUGGCUCCAUGGGAACGCAUGUCAAAACAGUCUGGCCCAGCUUCACAUACCUUGUUGCUAGAUUAUGUAUCCCAAUUCCAACCACUUACGGUUUAUACAUCUCUUAAGAAUAAGGACUUCACCGUUUCUGCUACAACCACCGUCUCACUCCUCAUCAAACUCCUAAUCGUAUUAUCCACCGGUCUGAUCACUCUCACGCCGACCCGAGUCACCGAGCACUCCGUUCCAAUGGUGAUCCAAAACAAAUUCGUCGACGAUAAUACAUCUCUCGCAUCGAUAGGUACGCUUCCAUACUACUUUAUGGAGGGUGUAGCAGCCGGAAAUAUGACCUAUCCUGAUGGAAUAUCCAAAGGUUUUGCAUUUCAGCAGGUACAAAACAAUCUCUCCAACACAGCACAAGUUAAAUUCACCGUUGACGGAUUCACAAACUCUCUGGACUGCGAGCCUGUCGAUGUGAGCUUGGCCUUUCUACAACAUGCAAAGGGAACGUGUGAAGAUGGAGAGUGCCAAAAUUACAUGGAACUCGAUGUCACGACUUCUGGCUGCAAUAUAACAUUUAACAACGAUGUCCUUCAACCCGAUAGAGGCUCUUAUAAUCCAAGUAUAUUUGGACGGCUUCCCCAGGGGCAAUGCAAUGGCACAACUGACGAUGCGGGGAAACGUAUCUUGGUGAUGUUCGGGCAUUUCCAGUACAUAACUCAGGAUAACGGGACAGAGAUGACAGAUUUGUUGAAAUCUACGCAACUACUUUGUUCGCCCACUUACCAAAUCACAAAAGUCGACGUAGUUCAAAUCGGCACCAAUACUCAAAACGUGACUCUGCCCCCCUCAGCAUCUAGUCGGAGUCUCGAACACGUCUCUCCAUGGAGUAUCAUGCAAGCGCACUUUGAUUCUUACGAGGAAAAUGGAGUAAUAAUCUCGCAGGAGCAGGGACCUAAUUCAAAGCCGCCAUAUUUUCCCAUGGGCAAUGUCUCCAUAGAUGUGGAUGAGUGGAUGAGCAUGCUGUUGAGAAGUCAGGUUACUUCCGGGACCGCGGUAUCGAUGCUUGAUGAUCAGAGUUACGUCCGGGAUAUUGCUACAGGCUACUACCGCGCAUUUGGCGCUGUUGUUGCUCACCAAGGUCUUAUGGGUGCUGCUUCAAUACCGGUGGUUGGCUCUGCUAUUAUUAAUGAAAACCGUCUUAUCGUACAGAAUUGGGCAGUACAAUGGAUGGCUGGGCUUUUCGCAGUCUGUCUAACAAUCUUCACCAUCCCAAAACAUGGAAUUCUGCCUCAUAGCCCAACCACUAUAAUUACCAUGGCCGCACUAGUCGCCCAUAGUCCAGAUCUAUUAAAGAGGCUUCGGGAUUUUGGAGACGCCGACGAAAAGACACUGUGCCAAUUAUUCGAAGCCUCAAUCUUCCGUUCUGGCGCAGAGUUAGUAGUCUGUUCUAAUCAGCACCAGCGAUUCACCAUCGCGGAUACCAGUCGCAUGGAAAGAAAUGAUGAUAUGCUGAGCUUCACCCAGAGCAUGUCCAAGCAUUCUCAUCCCGGAACACUUCAUCCUGUGUCGCGUCUAGUGCUGUGUCUAGCAUUGGUAGGUUUGAUUAUUACGCUAGAACUAGUUUUGCACAAGUCUGCUAAGAAUGAUGGUCUCGGUGAUGUUGUCAAUGGAGCAUAUAUCCACUAUCUAUGGACUUCCAUUCCGGGCCUUAUCUUCGGAAUACUAGCCACGACCAUUUCCUCAAUGGAUUCUACCGUGAGGUCUUUGGUACCUUAUACUAUGCUCCAGAAAUUUGUUCCCACGCAUUUUAUGGUCACCCUUGAUUUUCUCGACGUUUCUGUUCCACGUGCCAUUUACAAAGAAGUCAAGAUACGGAACAUUGGGGCAUUCGCAACCACAACAAUGCUGUUGGUGGCGUCCUUUUUCACCAUAUUCUCUGCAUCGCUGUUCCAAUCAGUGUCUCUUUCUGCGAUCGAUUUGAUUGUACUCAGGGCCAACAACUCUUUCGAUCAAUCGAUAUCGACCCUCACAAUUGAUGGCGAUGAGCGGGCUUCAUUGAUACUAGAAACUAACCAGUCAUAUCCUGCAUUUACCUAUGAAAAUCUCGCGUUUCCCCAGUUAAUACCUACAAUGCCAACACUGCUGAAUGUUGAUUCAAAUUCUUCGAGUCUAUUGAUCAAGACUGUCGUACCGGCGGUACGAGGAAAGCUAGAUUGUCACAUGUACGAUGCGAGUAGCAUCACAACCAAUCUGACGAUAGAUUACAUGUACAAAAACCACUCGGCUAAUUUGUCAAACCCUCUUGGGGUCAACGUCAAAGGCGAAGAAUGUCGACUGCAGCCUGACGAUGAAGCUUACAAAUACAACACAUUCUUCGGCACAUCUUCCAAUGCUUCGUACUUCGGACAGACGGGCUCCUAUUCUGGCUCGUUUUAUAGCGCUUGUAGCAAUUUCUUGUUCAUUUGGGGUAGUCUCGAUUAUUCUGCCAAUCCACAAACGUCGACACCACAUUCAUCGGCACCAAUCUAA